AUGAACUGGUUCGCCAACGCCUUCGCAAACGACGAUACGCUCGGCGCUCGGGACAACGCUGGACUGACCAAGGAGAAGACAAAGCGGACAAUCACGUGGAAGAGCUCCAGUGGCAAGACGAAACAGUCAACAGUGGUACCGGGCCAGAAGCUCCGCGACGUCGCCAGGGCGGCGGGGAUUCCUAUCAAGUACAGCUGCAACGAAGGGACGUGCAAGACGUGUCAGGUCAAGAUGGGAGGUGGGAUGGUCAAGGUGUGCGUGGGCAAGGUGCCCGAUAAGGACGUCACGAUAGUCUACAAGUAG